CGCGUCUCCAAAAGGAAGAUACAGGAACCCUCUCCUUUUGUUCUUCCUCACCAUUAUCGAUCGAUCGAUCCUCUCUCUCUCUCUUUCUUUCUUCAGUUCUUCUCUGCAAAUUUCGAGCUGAGGAAUAAAUGCUGGAACCCCAAGAAAAGCAAAGCCAAGGGCAGAAAGAGCAUCAGCAUCAGUCGAACAAUUACAAUCAGUUUCAUCAAAAUGUGAUCGUGAUGAGACAUGGCGAUCGGCUGGACAAUUCGGAACCCUUGUGGUUCACCACGGCACGGCGACCUUGGGAUCCUCCCUUGGCUGAAACGGGAAGGGUUAGAGCCUUCUGCACCGGAAGAAAGCUUCGUGAACGGCUCGACUUCCCUAUCCAUAGAGUGUUCGUUUCCCCUUUCCUUCGUUGCAUCCAAACCGCUUCAGAGGUUGUCUCUUCUCUAUGCGCUGUCCGUGAUAAUAAUAUCGAGAUGACUAGCGAAAAUGUUCCCAUCGAUCCUUCCAAACUCAAGGUCUCAAUUGAGAAUGGAUUAUGUGAGGUAUUAAGUAGGGAAGCUAUAAGUCCUAAUUUGACUCCUAAAGAUGGCAACUGGGGUUUCAAUAUCUCCAAACUUGAAGAGAUGCUCCCGGCCGGGACAGUGGAUCACUCUGCAGAAUGUGUGUACCAAGAGUUGCCAAAGUGGGAGGAGUCUUUGAUGGAUGCAAGGGCUCGAUACAAACAGGUUAUUCAUGCACUGGCAGACAAAUAUCCUCGCGAAAACUUGUUGCUUAUCACGCAUGGGGAAGGAGUUGGCAUUGCAGUCUCUGCGUUCAUGAAGGACACAACUGUGUAUGAAGUAGAAUAUUGUGGAUAUGUGCGCACAGGAAGACAAAUAUCCUUCCAAUCUAACCAAACAUUUACUGCCAGCAACUUUGAGGUAUUUACACAGAGCAGUGAAUCUGGUAUCAGCUACUGCCCAAUAAGUGCAUUGUCCCUGGAUGUAUGAUUCAAUUCAAUCAAGUUGACGAGGUUUCACCCUCUGCCCUUGGUUACUGCCUGUGAGACCAAUUCAUCUUUAUAAUAGGAGAUCCAUGUUUCUGAUCAAUCAUCACUCAUUUUUUUUGUGCCAUCAAUUUUGAAUUGUAUAGACUUGUUGAAAGGAGAGGUGAGUGGGCGUCAAUGAAUGGAUCUAGUUCUAUGCUUGUAAUGCUCUGUUUGUUUGUGAAAUUUGACUCAUAGUAGAACAAUGCCACUUAUUUGCAUUUUCUUCUCCUCUA